AUGUGGCAAGCCGGAGGCGAUGACCCAGGUACACUCUUGAGCAUUACUCAGUGUAAAUACAAGCUGGCCGUACCCACAAGUCAAGGAAAGAACAAUCAAGAAAAGGGUCGUGCAGGCGUGAUUCAGUGGGGCAGUGUGUUGAUUGCGUUCAAAGCAUGUGUCUCGCUACGCUGCGCGGAGCUUGUCUCAACGGGCCACCCGACGGGCACGAGGGAUGGAGAUUUUGACAACGUCGUCGCACGAUAUGCUGUAGCAGCGAUGUUGGCGCGCCGUUUGAGCUCGGGUGCAAAGCCGAACAUGUUGUAA